GAGAAGCUUCCAAGAUUAUGAUCUUGACGUCGAUUGACUCACAGAAGACGCCUUUACUAUCUCACGCGAGCAGUUAUCUUUUGAGACUAUCGUGUGCCAGAAGCAGCGCUGCCAUCACCACAACCACCACGGGCACCCAUCGUUCUUGUUCUGUCCUCCCAUCCCCUCUGGGCAUUGGCAAACCCAACUCCAGUCCCAGCUCCGGCUACGCCCUUCUCCCUGGUCACAAGUCAAACAAAGCUUCCCCAAGUUGCCCCACUCGUCCUCGGAACUGUGAGAAUGUCUUCUAUACAUGCUUCUUUUCUCCUUCAAAAGGUUCAGCAUUUCUCUUCUGAGCUGGCCACUGCCUGCAAAUCCUUGUCCCUUGUUUCUCAAAACACCGCCUCACCGUUGCGAUCGAAUCAAAGUCGAGUGAUCCAUUCUCCCCGAGUUCCUCGAGUCUACGCUCCAUUCAUCCGUCGCAACAUGUCGUCCACCGCUCGCCUCCGCAGUUUGAACAUUGACAAUAUCAACCCCCAUGUCAAGGAAGCAAAGUAUGCCGUCAGAGGUGAAUUGGCAAUCAAGUCAGAAGAGUAUCGUGCCCAGUUGAAACAGCGAGACCCCCCCACUCCUCCAGAGUCGCCUCUUCCAUUCGAUACAGUCAUCUCCGCCAAUAUUGGAAAUCCUCAGCAACUCGAUCAGAAGCCCAUUACCUUUUUCCGACAAGUGCUUGCAUUGGUGGAGAAUCCUCUUUUGCUCGAAAAUGAAGAGGCAUUGAAGUCAAGUUUCAAUUAUAAGCAGGAUGCCAUAGAUCGUGCUCGGUGGCUGCUCAAAGAGGUCGGGUCAGUCGGUGCAUACUCCCAAUCUGCUGGUGCUCCAGGUAUUCGUCAGUCUGUUGCCGACUAUAUUGAGAGACGAGAUGGCUUUCCUUCGAGCAAAGAUGACAUCUAUCUAUCAGCCGGUGCCUCUUCUGGUGUCAACACUCUCCUGCAUAUCAUCUGUUCAAGUCCUCAAACCGGUGUUCUCGUCCCUAUCCCCCAAUAUCCACUUUACACUGCCACGCUUUCGGUACUCAACGCCACCUGUGUCCCCUAUUACCUGAACGAGGAGCAUGCGUGGGGAACUGAUCUCAAAGUGAUCAAGGAGUCAUACGAUAAGGCCACCAGUGAGGGCACCGACAUCCGCGCGUUGGUCAUCAUCAACCCAGGCAACCCCACGGGAGCAUCACUGCCUGAGGGGGAUGUGGAAGAGCUAAUCAAGUUUGCGGCCGAGAAGAAGCUGGUUCUCAUAGCCGAUGAGGUGUAUCAGACCAAUGUCUUCAUUGGAAAAUUCCACUCGUUCAAACAGGUGCUACGAAAGCUCCAGAAAGCCGAGCCUGGAAAGUACGACAACGUGGAAUUGGCAUCACUCAACUCCGUGUCCAAAGGUAUGGUUGGCGAGUGUGGGCACCGGGCGGGAUACUUUGAGCUUGCUGGUUUCGACAAGGAAGUCCAGGCGCAGAUCCUGAAAUUUAUCAGUAUCAUGCUCUGUCCACCUGUGGUGGGACAGUGUCUUCUGGAGAUGGUCGUCAACCCGCCAAAGGAAGGAGAGCCGAGCUACGAGCUGUACGAUAAAGAGUACAAUGGCGUCAAAAAUGGUCUGAAGGAGCGAGCAACCGCACUGUACAACGCCUUCCGAGAGAUGGAAGGAGUCGAAUGUGGUGAGCCUCAAGGUUCCAUGUACCUAUUCCCGACCAUGCAUAUUCCCGAGAAGGCAUGUCAAGCGGCCAAGGAAGCGGAUCGGUCGCCAGACGAGUUUUAUUGUCUCCGGCUUCUUGAUGCUACCGGUAUCUGUGUGGUACCAGGCUCCGGAUUCGGCCAGAAGCCAGGAACGCUGCAUCUUCGAACCACCUUCCUCGCACCUGGCACGGAAUGGGUUGGCAGAUGGACCAAGUUCCACCGAGAAUUCUUGGACAAGUACAGCUAGGGGAAGCUGGAUCGAAACUCGCAAUCAUCGGGUGGGCAGAUUUAACCGGUAUAAAAACAAAGCAAUGCGGGAAAGUUCUUGCGACGGCCGGGGGACAUUGUUUCAUCAAUUCAGAUCUUUGCUGAGGGUGGAAUUAACUCUUAACUGAGUACCAAGUGGAUUUAGGAGUUCAGAGCGAGGCUCAAGCCGUGGACUGAGGUAUACACUUGAGUGUUAAGUCCAGUUUCUUUUCUAUGGAGAGACGUUGAUAGCUUUCAAGUAUAUCAUACAAUUAAGCGAGAUACCUAGUCGGCUACAAGUCCCUUACUAAACAUAUCUGAUCGAAUUAUGGGGAGGCCUCGGUGGGAAAGGCCACUGUUUUGCAAGACCAGACUCCAAUGGCAUGUUACAUUGAAGAAAUAUUGGUUCUCAGGGAACAGAUCAUCAACAACUUACGUUGACGAUGAGGUCUCAAGAACUGAAUACCCAAUGAAAGGGAUUGGCUCCUCUUGUGCAAGGUGAUCAAGGAGAACGGCGGGGUGCUAAACACCAAUGACAGACCAUGUAAACUAUUUACACGAGAGUUCAUCGAGUUCAUUUAAUGCGAAAGCCCC